CCCCGAGUCAUUGAAGGCUUAGUACUUCGGCGUACUACUUCUUCGUACCGAAAUCAUGGGCGAAGUCGAUAAUAUCUCGACCUUUAGUGCCGACGGCGGUCAGGAUACCGUGGGCCUGCCGCGAAUUGUUAUGGUCACCGAGGGCGAAGACACCUCAGCUUCGUCGGCCUCGUCCACUAGUUCUUCCGAAGAUAAUUGGGCAGACCUCAUCAAAUCUACUGAAAUACCUCCAGAAUACUGGCAUAUACAAAAACUCGUAAAGUAUAUGAAAGCUGGUAAUCAAACAGCAACGAUGGUAGCUCUAUCGUGUUUGAAAGAUCACGAUCUUACUAUAGAGGUAAAUCAAAGAGCUAUUCAAGAAAUUGGUGGACUGGAACUGCUGGUCAAUUUGCUAGAAACCAGAGACUUGUGCUGUAUUCUAGGAGCAUUAGCUGUACUGAAGGACAUAACAGCGAAUAUCGAGAUAAGAAAAAAAGUAACAGAUCUUGGAGCCAUCCCACUUAUGGUCGGUUUACUAUCUGAUCCUGCUCGAGAUGUGCAAAUUCUUGCAGCGGAAACUAUAGCCAAUUUAGGGAGGAUCCGAAAAAGCAGGAAAUUUUGUAGAAAAUUUGGUGGUAUACCAAAACUUAUCGAUUUACUCGAUGUGAAAGAAAAAUAUCUAGUAACGGAGCGAGCAGAAUUGAGUCUUGACGAACAGCGAUAUUUAGAUAUUGCUCGGGCUGGGGCAAAGGCUCUCUGGUCGAUGUCUGCAUCCCAAAGAAAUCGUGAGAACAUGAGGAAAUAUGGCAUGGUUCCUUUGAUAGCCAGGACCUUAAAAACUAUUCAUCUAGAUGUGGCUAUCCCAGCUAUAGGAUUACUACAAAUGUGUGCGAACGAAACUUCUUUUCAAUUAGCAAUCCAAACUGAGAAGAUGGUGGACGAUUUGAUAAAGCAUUUGGCCAACGAAGACAAAGAUUUAAAGACGUAUUGCAGUCUUGCGAUUUAUAAAUGUGCCAGUGAUUCCGUGACCAGAAGCAUGAUCAGUUCUGCUGGAGGCCUAGAAAUAUUGGUGGAGGCUGCUCAGGAUUUCACUAACAGAUCGAACAAACCUCUUAUGGCAGCUGUAACUGGAGCAUUGUGGAAAUGUGCUGAUAGCGACGCCAGCAUUAAAAAACUUGAUAUUCUUGGAGCUGUUCCUAUAUUGGUAAAACUCUUGGAUGAUGAAAACGAUGGAGUGCUAACAAACGUAGCUGGAGCACUCGCAGAAUGUGCCAAAUAUCCUCCUAACCGUGACAAAAUCCGGGCUGCUGGUGGUAUCCCGAUGCUUAUUCAACAUCUUAAUAACACCCAUAAGCCAUUAUUAGAGAAUGUUCCACUAGUUCUGAUGGAAUGUGCUAAAGAGGAACGAUGCAUGAGUCAGAUAGAUGAGCUGGACGGUGUCAGACUGAUUUGGUCGUUGCUUAAAAAUGACUCUAAAAAAGUACAAACGAACGCUGCUUUAGCGUUGAGCCCUUGUGUCCAGAAUGCAACCGAUUCUGGAGAAAUGGUGAGGUCAUUCGUUGGUGCUUUGGAGUUGACAGUUGAUCUUUUGGACUCAGAGGAUCACAAUGUCCUAGCUGCAAUUUGUGCAGCCAUAGCGACUAUUGCUAGAGAUCACGAGAAUUUGGCAGUCAUAUCGGACCAUGGCGUCGUGGCGAAACUAGCUAAACUUGUGAGCACCACAGACGACCAUCUGAGGGCGAAUUUGGGUGUUGCUAUUGCGUAUUGCUGCGAUUGGGCCCAGAACCGUCAAGAGUUCGGCAAAAGAGGGGCCAUCACGCCUCUGGUGAACUACAUGACGUCACGAGACCCUAAUGUCCACCGAGCUACGGCCUUGGCCCUCUACCAUUUAUCAUUUUACUCCAUUAAUUGCGUGACCAUGCAUGCCGCUGGUGUUGUUCAGUUUCUCCUGGAGACAAUAGGUUCAAAGGAUCCAGUGCUGCAGGAGGCGUCAGCCGGGUGCCUCUGCAACAUUCGCAAGCUGGCACUCGCGACUGAGAAGAUCAAGUUGAAACAAUGAAUUUUAGUUUAAAUACAUUAUUAUAAUUUACAGUAUUGUUUUAUUGCAUACAUAAUUCGUCUAUUGUUUGAUUCAUA